AUGACAAGCAAAUUUUAUGAAAGAUUAUCUUGUGACCUCGAAAAAAUUCUUGAAAAUAGUGACAACUAUGAUGUCGUUAUUGAAGUUGGUGAAUCACCUUUAAGACAAUCCUACAAUGCACAUUUAACCAUUUUGCGUUAUCGCUGCCCCUCUCUUUAUAAAGAAUUGAAUGAAAUUUCUCUAAACGGAGAUAAUAUUAAAACUAUUCAAAAACCAAAUAUCUCUGCCAAGACUUUUAAUAUUAUCAUCAAAUUAUUUAGCGCAACACAUUAUAGUACCCCAAUUAUCUGUUUCUUCGAAAUAUUACCAGCUCGAGAUCUUACUAUUUUAGAAUUACCUGUACGAGAAAUUACUGUUCCGUCAAAUGUCAUUACGAAUGAACACGCAGCUCAAAUUUCUUCCUGGAUAGACGGAGUCACCCAUAACGUUGAGAAUAAUCCAUAUAAGUUUGACUUGUUAAUUCGGGGAAGCCAAGACGGGUUUGAAUAUAGUACAUUUUGGGAGAAAUGCAGUAAAAAGAAUAUGCUAGUGGUAGUAUUGGAAGUUGAACAGACCGGAGAAAAGUUAGGUGGAUAUAAUCCUAUUGGGUGGGAACCUUAUGUAUGGGAUGGAUAUACUCAAACUAAUGGCUCUUUUAUAUUUUCACUAAAAACCGAAAAUACAAGUCAUUCAACUAUUAGUAGAAUUAAAAAAUUUCAGAGAGCGAUUAAUAACGAUUAUCAAGGACAAGGUGGUCCAUCAUUCGGUUCCCAAGACCUUCUACUGCUAGGUAACUUUAAAACAGAUAAGCGCUGCUAUUGUCGAAAGAGUGAUUAUGUGAGUCCGAUUAGAAGUGAAAAAGGACUUUUCUCAGUAAAGGAUUAUGAAGUUUUUCAAGUCAGACUACGUACAGAAAAUGAAUAA